CAUUUGUAUGCAAAAUGGACAAUAAUUUUGGCCUGCACCAAGAGAUUGCUGAAAUGAGACAAUCGUUAUUCAGUGAUGGAAUUUUGAGUGACCAAUUUGUGCAAGUUGAGCAAUUAGGGUUUGAUGAUCCACACUUUCUCCAGAGGCUUCUCACUGUGUACUUUAGAGAAUCAACCCAGUCUAUAGCUUCUUUAGAAAAUGCACUGGAGCGACCUUCUUGCAAUCUCAGAACACUGGAAAGGCCACUUCAUAAGUUUAAGGGGGCUAGCGCUAGCAUUGGUGCCAUUAGAGUGACCCGUGAAGUAGAUCUUGCCCUCCAAGCUUGCAGAGAGGAUGACGUGCCCGGGGCUAAAGCUGCUGUGGAACGGAUAAAUAAUGAAUACAUACGACUACGUCGUAGGCUCCAGGACUACUUCCAGCUAAUGCGACAAGCUGGACCUUCGGAGCGUGCUGUUCGUCCAAGAUAG